GCCAUGGCUGAGAGGAAGCCCGGGACAGCCUCUCCUCCGGCAGCGCAGCUCCCUGGGCUGCUCGCUCGUGGGGCAGAGGAGACCUCCUCUUUUUCCUUCUUCGGAUUUGGCGUAGUUUCUUCCUUUUCGUUUGACUCUCGGGAGGGGAAAGCAUAAGUUGUCUUGCACAGCUGCCGUUCGUUUUCUGCCUGCUCCCCGGCAGCGUGAGGCGGCCCCGGAUGGCCCGGGCCUGCUCCUGCUCUGCGGGCGCUGUCACUCGUGUUGCCCCGCAGCCGUGGGGGUUCAGGGUGGUGUGUGUGGUCUUUGCAGCUCCUGCAUUCAUAAGUAGCAGAAAGUUGCUGAUACCUUACUAAGAGCAAGAAUAUAGAGAGGCUGUAUCAUAAGCUCACUAAAUGACAGCUGUGAGAUCUUGAUCUACAAUGAAAAAGAGUUGCUCCAAGGAAAGCUGGAUCUCCUUAGUGAUACCAACAUGGUGGAUUUUGCUAUGGAUGUGUACAAAAAUCUUUAUUCUGAUGAAAUUCCACAUGCUUUGCGUGAGAAGAGGACCACUGUUGUUGCACAGCUGAAGCAGCUUCAAGCUGAAACUGAACCUAUUGUCAAGAUGUUUGAAGAUCCAGAGACUACAAGGCAAAUGCAGUCCACUAGGGAUGGUCGGAUGCUGUUUGACUACUUAGCCGAGAAGCAUGGUUUUAGGCAGGAAUACCUAGAUACACUCUACAGAUAUGCAAAAUUCCAGUAUGAAUGUGGUAAUUACUCAGGAGCUGCAGAAUAUCUCUAUUUCUUUAGGGUUCUGGUUCCAGCAACAGACAGGAAUGCUUUGAGUUCUCUGUGGGGAAAAUUGGCAUCUGAAAUUCUGAUGCAGAAUUGGGAUGCAGCCAUGGAAGAUCUUACGAGACUAAAGGAGACAAUAGAUAAUAAUUCUGUCAGCUCUCCACUGCAGUCACUUCAGCAAAGGACAUGGCUCAUCCACUGGUCUUUAUUUGUAUUUUUCAAUCAUCCUAAAGGAAGGGACAAUAUCAUUGACCUGUUUCUCUAUCAGCCACAGUAUCUCAAUGCAAUUCAGACAAUGUGCCCACAUAUCCUCAGAUACCUGACUACUGCAGUCAUAACAAACAAGGAUGUUCGAAAACGCAGACAAGUGCUGAAAGAUCUAGUCAAGGUUAUUCAGCAGGAGUCCUACACAUACAGAGACCCUAUCACAGAAUUUGUGGAAUGCCUGUAUGUUAAUUUUGAUUUUGAUGGUGCACAGAAGAAGCUGAGAGAGUGUGAAACAGUGCUUGUGAAUGAUUUCUUCCUAGUGGCUUGUCUUGAGGACUUCAUAGAGAAUGCUCGGCUCUUCAUAUUUGAGACCUUUUGUCGCAUCCAUCAGUGUAUCAGCAUUGGCAUGUUGGCAGAUAAACUGAAUAUGACUCCUGAAGAAGCAGAAAGAUGGAUUGUCAAUCUAAUUCGAAAUGCACGAUUAGAUGCCAAAUUGGAUUCAAAGCUGGGCCAUGUAGUCAUGGGCAACAAUGCAGUCUCACCUUAUCAACAAGUGAUUGAAAAGACCAAAAGCCUGUCUUUUCGUAGUCAAAUGUUGGCUAUGAACAUUGAGAAGAAAUUGAAUCAGAGUGGUAGAUCUGAGGCACCUAACUGGGCUACUCAAGACUCUGGCUUCUACUGAAAAACUUCUGCAAACAGGGGAAAAAAAAAUUGGUUUUCAUUUGACUAAAAAGCACAUAACUUUUUUUGAGAGAGGUAAUAAUGUAUUCCAUCUAGCAUUAUUUAAAUAAAAUUGGCUAAUUUUAACAGUC